AUCCACAAACACCACAACUGAAAAAGUGGGAGAGGAGCAGAAACGUUGGUGGAACCAAAAAACACAAAGGGCAAAGGAGCGAAAAAUGGGUCCUGUUCUCCCACAUGCGUCCGCUACUCUAGCAGUCAAGCUUACUGCAGGGCAGGAAAACGAAAAGCCGGAGACUAUGGUGAGAGAAGCCUCAGUUAAACCUCUCUUGAAGAAAGCCAUAAAGGGCGGGGGAAGCAGACGGAAGGCCUGGAAGAAGAGGGGAAGAAAGAAGAAGGUGGUUGAGGAAGAUAAGGAGGAGGGGUCCGAGGAGAAUGUGGCAAUUAAUGAUAUCAAAGAUGUAGUCUUUGUCGGUAAGUUAGGAUUUGCAUUUAUGGAGUCAUAUGGGAUGGGAACAGAUGGCAUCGAGCAGAGGCUGACAUUGCAUUAUUAUAACUAGGUGGUCCCAUCAAUGGUUCUCCCGGUGACGCUGAGGCUUCGGUUGGAGGGGAUAGCGGUGAUCCGGAGUAUGGGAACCAAAGUCCUGUCGGUAUGACAUGUUUGCGUCUGCAUAGUCCACAGGGUGAAGGCUGACUUUGCAUGCUAGCGGGGGGAUCCGUGGGAAAGCUGGUUUCUCCCAUGUCUACCGCAACCAGGAAGACUGCUGGUGCCAGCCUAAGACGUUCUCUUAGGGUGUAUGCUCGCAAAUUUUCUGCGGGAAAAUCACCCGCAAACAAGCGUGGUAAGCGCACCUCUGGAAGAAAGGGGAAAACCAUGGUAGAAGAUAGCGCGGAAGAGAGUUCCAUUCACUUAGUUGACCCUGAAGACGGAUACUAUCCGGACGACAAUGACGAGGACUACGAGGAGGCUCCCAGAACUCCCAGAGCUCCUAGAAUUCCUAGAACUCCCAGAACCCCCACGAAGACAGUUUAUAAAGGGAUCGCCGACGGGUCCGGAAGGAAAGAUGGAAUUGGUAGAACUACCUGGUUUGACAAGAGGACGGUUGCGAGAGCGACUGACAGGCGGGCUAUUGUAAUCCCCACUGGUGGAAGAGCUCCUAUAGCAUCUGAGAGCGUCCAAGAGCAGGAGAUGGAGGAGAUUGAUGUGACGGAGGACUGUGAGAUUAUUGGUAUAUGAUUUCAAUGGGUCAUUGACCUAAAGUUCUUGACUAACAGCGUGUAUACAGAACUUGUCAGGACCGUUGGUACUAAGCGCCCAGCGUCCGAAUCUCCAAACGGCGGGUUCAAAAAGGUGGCCAGGACAACUGGGGGCAAGAAGGUGAUGGCCAUUAAGGAUGGUGUCCAAGCUAUCGAUACAGGUGACAGCGACCUAGAUGUGCCUGAGGCACCUAGUAAGUCAGAUAGCCCAAGUUGUAUUUUCCGCUGACAACCAUUUCUUCCAUAGGUAGCCAGUCCCCUGCCUCCCCCGCCUCCCCGAAUACCGGCUAUAGUGUUGAAAGUGGAUACUGUAAUUCCGCUCCAGCCCCCUUUCCCGACCGUUCAAAGGCUGACAGGAAAAAUAGCCGAACAGCGCCCCGCCACUUCCCCCACCCAACCUCGCUCUGUCAUCCAAAGCGAGCCAGUCAUUGGACGGGACCGGUUGAGAUAUGGUGGCAAAUCUGUUGCUGGCCUUCGAGCGUUGUGGGGGAUGGGAAUACCUGAGUAUCUCAAGAAGUAAGCCCCUCCCUCGCGCUUUGAGUGUCGCGGUUAUUCUUGCCAAGUGUAGGGACUUGUGUUAGUAGUUUUUCAAUGACCUGAGUUUGUAUUUGUCCAUUUCUAUUUUUUUCGCCGGAAAUGUGUGGGAUUGCAUCUGUGUAUUUAGAGGGGGAGUCAGGGUCUAAUUACACCGGAAUUGAUCAUUGAUUUCCUUGGUG